AUGGCUCCUAGAAUCGCCAAAUACGCCAAUGAUCAGCCAUCCGGCUUCAUCAACCGCAUUGAGAAGGUUGCGGUUGUUGGCGCUACCGGUACCAUGGGCAAAUUCUUUACCGAGGAGCUGCUCAAAGGCGGAAAGCACACAAUAACCGCCAUCACCCGUUGCAACAGCGAUUCGAAACUCCCCGAGGGUGUCAUCGCAGCCAAGGUGAACUACGAUGACGAGGACUCUAUCGUCGAAGCACUCAAGGGACAACAAUACCUCAUCAUUACCAUGAACGUCAGCGCUCCUCAGGACACUCAGGGCAAACUCGUCAGAGCCGCAGCUAAGGCCGGUGUUCCAUACGUAAUGCCGAAUGCUUGGUGCCCAGAUCCGCAGAACACUUCCUUUAUGAAAGACAGUCUCCUGGGUCACGCGUUCGAGCAGGCGGUGAAAGACAUUGAAGAGCUUGGCGUCAGUGAUUGGAUCAUCAUGUCCCCAGGCUUCUGGUACGAGUACAGCUUGGGUCUUUCAUCUGACCAGUACGGCUUUGACAUGAAGAACAAGUCUCUGAUUCUCUUUGACGAUGGCAAUAUCAAGAUCAACACCUCGACAUGGUCCCAGUGCGGCCGCGGCCUUGCAGCGUUUCUCAGUCUCAAGUUGUUGCCUGAGAACGAAGACGACAAGUCUCCCUGUAUCCAACAGCGUGCUAACGAGGUGUUCUAUAUCUCCAGCUUUUUGGUGUCCCAGCGUGAUAUGUUCGAGAGCGUCAAGCGUGUCACGGGAACAUCGGAUAGUGACUGGACUAUCACACAUGAGAACACGCAGGAGCGGUGGAAGGCUGGCCAUGAGGCGCUGAAGAGUGGGGAUAGGACUGGCUUUUCAAGGUUGAUGUACACCCGCAUCUUCUUUCCCUCGAAUGAUGGCGAUGUCGAGCACAAGUGGCUUGGCCAACGAUGUGCUUGGGUUGCCUGA